AUGUCCAUCAUCCAGCAACACACGUCCGCGUCGCUCAGCGACGCCUGGCGCACCAUCGACAUCGACGCGCUACAAGAGGACUCGUCCGUCAACUUCGACACCUCGACCCUGCACCCACCCCUGCCCGAAAUCGGCGAGGCCGAGGUGCGCUCGCUCGCGGGGCAGGUUAGACAGCUGCUGCGCGGCGGGGACGCGGAGGGCGCGCUGAGGGGCUGCCUGGAGAUGCCGGUGUACAACGGGAACGAACUGGCAAAGGACGCACACCUGCAGACCGUCGUUGAGCGCAUAUACCAGGGCGACGGCGGUAGCGAGCUGUUGGAUGUGCUCAUGAAGUACCUGUACAAGGGCAUGGCAUCGACAUCCGGAGGUAGCGCUCCCCGGACCCCCACCAGAGUCACACCCCAGGCCACGGGGUUCAGCCAGGUCGGUGGCCGACCGGGCGCGGCGAACGAGUCCGCGGGCGCGGGUAUGAGUGUUCUGCUGAGCUGGCACGAGAAGGUGGUCGAUGUGGCUGGGCUUGGAUGCAUAGGACGCACGAUGACGGACUGGCGGAGGGUGUAA